AUGGCUCCCGUCGCCGAGAAGGUUCAAGCAGCGCCUGCAACGCACAAGCAGCCCUCUCGUAAGGGCAAGAAGGCAUGGCGCAAGAACGUCGAUAUUACCGAGCUGCAAGAAGGCGUUGAAGAUAGACCCGCCGAGGAGCUUUUCGUUACAGACAUCAAGGGCGCCGACGAUGUCCAAGCCGACUUCAACAAGCGCCACAAGCCUCUCAAGGCCGACCAAAUUAUUGCACAACGUUCAAAGGUCCCCGCAGUAGACACCAGGAAACGCAAGUCGGAUGGUAUCGCAACUGGAAGCAGCAAGCGCAACAAGAACGGCACCUACGUUUCACACAAGGACCUUCAACACCUGCGCAGCGUCGCAAACUCUGGCGGUGCCCAAUCCGAUAUUAUCAAGGCCACCGAGAGCGCAGACCACGACCCAUGGGGCACGGAACCCCUGCCGCAGGACCCUAGAUUCUCUUUCAUCCCCGAGAAGAAGGCCAAGGUUGCUCCCAAGACUCUGAAGUACGCUCCUAUCUCGCUGGCCGCCAAUGGCAAGCCUUUCGCCGCCGUGCCCAAACCUUCUGCUGGAAAGAGUUACAACCCGACGUUCGAGGACUGGGAGGCACACGUUACAAAGGUUGGCGAGCGUGAGGUUGCCGCAGAACGCAAGCGCCUGCAAGAGGCACAAGAGGAACACGACCGUCUGGAGAAAGCUCUUGCGGAGGCCGCAAGACCCGAGCCAUCGACCGACGACGAGUACCAAUCAGCAUACGAGAGUGAGUGGGAGGGUAUUCAGAGUGAGGCCGAGGAUUCUGGAGCCGUCACCAAGAAGCGCCCGGAGAGAAAGACACCAUCUCAAAGAAACAAGAUCAAGAGAAGAAAGGAGCUGGAACACCAGGCCAAAUGGGACAAGCAAAUGAAGAAAAAGGAAGAGCAACUAGAACGUGUCAAGGAGAUCGCUCUCCAACUUGCCGAGAAGGAGCGUCUCCUCGCGGAGCAAAAGGCUCUGCAGCCUGCUAGCACUGGCGUGGAGAUCGAAGCCGAGAUCAACGACGAGGAUGAGAGCGAGGUUGUCCUCGCAGAUGAGCUCCAGGAUACGCUUCGUGCGUUGCGCCCUGAGGGCAAUCUUCUCAAAGACCGCUACAGAAAUCUGUUGCUGAAUGGCAAGAUGGAGUCUCGUCGUACCAUGCAACACAAGAAGCCCAAGAGGGAAGUCACCGAGAAGUGGAGUUACAAGGACUGGAAGCUACGCUAG